CCAUAUGACACAUACACAUACACACAUGUUCCCUCUCUGCUCGGGGCCCUUUUGUCUCAGCAUGCUUGUGGGUCUUGUAUGCCACAUUUAGUACCGCUUCCUUGCUUGUGCUUCCUGCUUUUUAAUGUUUCUGUUCACACAUGCACUUCUCUUCUUCUCUUUUUAUUAUUCUGUUUUUUCCCUUGUCAGCUUCUGCUACCGGUUACGUAAUCUCUCUAACUGGGUGCUUAGUAGUGUUUGCUAAAUAUUCUCCUCACCAAUUUGCUUUGCUUUAUGUUCGGGUCUUUGUUCCAUUUUCCACACUGUCUACUACAUGUGCUGCAUCAGAGCUUUUAUGACGCGUGCUUUUCUCAGCGCUACCUCAGAUCACAUUUUCUCACCUUUCAGAUCACAAUGUCUGAAUCCGAAUAUGCUUUGUUUGGAGAUCACAAACCUUCUCCCUAUCAAAACUAUCUGGAUGAGAACAAGUCCUUAAUUCUGAAGAUUGUUGAAAGCCAGAAUUCAGGCAAGCUUAGCGAGUGUGCCGAGAACCAAGCAAGGCUUCAGAGAAAUCUCAUGUACUUAGCUGCAAUAGCUGAUUCUCAACCCCAACCACCCACCAUGCCUGGUCAGUACCCUCCGAGUGGGAUGAUGCAGCAGGGAGCACACUACAUGCAGGCUCAACAACAGACACAGCAGAUGUCACCACAACAACUAAUGGCGGCACGCUCGUCCCUUUUGUACGCACAGCAGCCAUACUCAGCACUUCAACAGCAGCAAGCCAUGCACAGUGCACUCGGGUCGAGUUCAGGACUCCACAUGCUGCAAAGUGAAGGCAGCAAUGUGAAUGUGGGAUCAGGCAGUGGCUCUGUAGGAGGAGGGUUUCCUGACUUGGUGCGCGGUGGUGGUGGUGGCGGUGGCUCGACAGGGGAGGGUUUGCACAGUGGUGGAAGGGGUAUCAUGGGAAGUAGCAAGCAGGAAAUUGGGGGUUCAAGUGAAGGCCGAGGUGGGGGAAGCUCAGAGGGUGGUGAAAACCUUUACCUCAAAAUUGCCGACGAUGGAAACUAGCUAGCCACCCAAAAUGGUAAAAAUAUUAAUGCCAGCUUUUGUUGGGAAGAAGAACUAGGGAAUGACAUCAAGGGAUAGUAACUAGGUAGUGGAAAACUCUAAGCUGCUUAUGUAUUAUGUUUGUUUUAUCUUGUGCUUGAGGCAAACGCUUGCCUUGAUGUUUUCUACAUUACUAUUAGUAACAUAAAUUAGCAAAUCUUCUAGUUCCUUGCGUUCAUUUGUGCUUGUCCCGUGGCAUGUGGCUCUGCAUGCGGUCGGUUAGGGUAUCUUGUUAGAUUCCGUUUCACAUUUUAUAGUAGUAUCAGUCUUUACAUUUCAUAUUUUGGAUAUAAUCAAUAAGUAUUUUUAAAUUUA